AUGUCAAACUCCAACCUGUUCUUGCCAGGGUGCAGCGUUGCCUAUGGUUUGAAGCUGAGUUUGUUGUGGGCGAAAGUCCAUUCACUGCAAGACUGCAAGUUGGCUUGGGACUGCUUGGGAUUCCAUGUCAGUGCCAAAAAGCAACAACAACUGGUAUCCAAAUUAUCUAUACAAGAAUUGACGCCAGCUACGCCAGCUAUUCAAUGCACUUGGUGUCGGCGCAAGAGCUUGCCAAAUGAUUCUGAGGCAGACCAUGAGCAAUCCCUGGAGGAUGAAAGCACCGAACGACUACAUCAAGAGCUUUCAGGCGUGACUCCUGAUGGCACUCCAGGCUGCCACUGCCUGGAGUUUGAUUCUUGGUGGAACGAAGGCAAGCAAAGACGCUUCGUGUACAUCAGGUAUAGCAUCACCGAAGGCGCCUUUCAGAUGGCGAUUGAUGAGGAUAGCAACCUCUACCACGUGCCUGUGGCAUAUGGCGCUCGCACGGGUGAGGCGGUGACCGCUUGGGAUUUGCAUGUGGGCGCAGAGGUGGACAUCCUGGGGCGCAUGACAACCCUGCAGCGGUGUUCGCAAACCACUGCCGAGUGGAACAAAUAUUGGGUGAGCUCCUCAAUCGGGUUCUUUGCUUCACGGAGAGUGAGUUCUUGCUCCCCAAAGGGCCAAAGAUGCCACGACAUGUCCAAAGUGGUAGAAACCAAAUCCGGUUCUGAGUGACUUGACCAAGUGAUUUGUGAGCCAGAUGCGUCUCUAGACUUCACACGGACGAUCCGUCCUGCAUGCCGGCAUACAGGUGCGAACCGUCACUGUGAGGCGAACCGACUGAUGCUACUUAGAGAUCGCCUUGCCGAGGACAGGAGGGUUUUCAGCUCGAUUCCUUUAAUAUCCUUGAAUUCUGGAAUCAAUCUUUGCGUAGCUCAGCUCUGCUUGAAAAAUACUCAAAAACACAUGUUUUUCAGCUUCGACGGUUUAGGGUGAAUCGCAGCUCUGAUCACCGUAAAUGUUGGACUCAAGACUCAAGUCGCUCAAGUCAGUCUGGGGGUUGGUUGGCCCUUGGUCCACUUGCAAGCCCAUUUGCAACCCUUGAGUAACAAACGGAUUGUUUGAGGUGCUUCCCAGUUUCUUCACUGCAGGCCCAAGCAUUUCUUCUUAAGUAAGCUGCUGUCCUGUGAUUUGGGUUGUUCUAAUUACUGUAAGUCCAGCCUUUCCAUGUUUUAUCUCUUGACUGUUGCACCAUGUUGGACCCAUUGCGCAUCCACAUGGUGGAAGGAGCUUAAAAAGCUGGCGCCUCAGAGUGUCAUACAUAUUAUGGUAAUUGAACUUGUUUGCACUUGAUUUGGGCAUCCGUCCAUAGCAAGACCUGGGUGCUUGAACCAAGACAGCUAAGACCCACGGAAACCCACUGCUGCACGCAUUCUAUGCCUUCUUUGAUAUGAGCCCUUCUGUAGUUGCUCGGGACCUCCAUGCUCUGGCAACAUGAAAUCACCGGCCGGAGACGCACACACCAGUGGCAUCAUACCAAACUUCCCAGCAGAUUUUGAGGUAUGACACCAGGAAAAAUGAUCCGUGGU